AUGUCGAUCGCAAGACUGGCACGCUCAACGCCUCACUCAACAGCAGGUCGAAGUAUAGGAGUAUCUCUUCGACCAGGUACGAGGUUUCUCCAGACUUGCCCUUCAUCCACCCCGCACAUCCGAAAUUUAUCUACUUCCUUUGCUCGAUACCAAUUACCGCAGGUCAGACAAUACGCAUCGGCCGCGACAGCUACAGCCUCAUUGGAAUCUAGUGAAGCAAUACCAGUGUUCUCAGAGGUGGGAACACGCAAAAUACCGGUUCUGGGAGCUGAAACUCUUAUACCUGUAUUACAAGAUAUCCAGCAAUUGUUGGAUAAUGACAUCGGAGGUGAUGAUUUAUGGUCGAGAAGAGUUGAAGACGUGAUUGAGGAUCUACAAAGUGAAAGAAGAGGGAGAAUAGCAGUCAUUGGCGAUGAUCUCGCUGCACCAAAAGAUGUAGUCUCUGCUUUAUUACAAGACCCACUUGCAGAUUCUGAAGAAACUAGAAGAGCUUUGUUAGAUAGACAUGAAGGGUCGAAUAUCGAGACUUUCCAAAUUAGUCAUGGAUUAAGUCCACGUAGAGAAUCUCAAGCUCUUACUCUAUCUUCUUCAUGGCUUCAACUUACAGGCUUCGAUGUGAUAGAACUCAACGCCAAAAAGCCAGAAGAUACUAUCUCGUCUCUCCUUCCCACCGAGACUUUACUGGUCGUCUUGGACCCUAUCAGACUCAUAGAUACUCCCCAGCUCUCAUCCAUACUACCUCUUGCCUUAUCCAAAGGAUCCGUCCAUUUCGCUAUCAACGGUCAUCUUCCCCCUAACACUUCCCAAUCAUCCAUCGAAACCAAAUUCAGAGAUCAACUAGCCAAAAUCAAAGUGGAUUCAUUACAAGAUGAUAUACCUUUCAACCCUUCUUCAAUUUCUGUAUCUUUCGUCAACUCGGAGAAAGCCUUGAAUGCUUUGGAAGCUUUAUCAGCUGCGUUACAGGAUCAUGGACCAUCAACUUCAUCAGCUAAAACAAGAGCUUUCGAAACUUUCCAAAAUCAAUUCCUGGCAUCAUAUAUCGGUCCACUUCAAACAUCACUUCUCACCUCCGUUCAAACCAUUUCAGAACCCCAAAUUACUACCGCACGUCAAACUGCCGCGCUUACAAUGUCCCAUGUGGAGAAUGUGAUAUCAUCCGACAGAGAUAUAGUGAAAAAUGCCAUUCAUACUGUAACGGAAUUACGACGUGGAGCACAACAAGGUGCAUCAAAAGCUAAACAUCUGAGUGUGGCAAGUAGAGGUAUAGAAGGUGGAUUAGUUGAAGGUAGUGUAGAGUAUGAUACGGAUAAGAUUAAAACUGGACUGGAAGAGAAAUUCUUAGGAAGAUUGAGUUGGUUAGGGUUGAUUGGAAGAACAAGAGUGGAUGAUAUCCAAUUCGAGUUGGGCGAUUAUUUGAACAAUGAGUUUGGAGUGGAAUUAGAAAAACAAAUCAUAUUUGAAACUGGUAAAUUAUCGAAUUUACAAUUCACUCUAGAUUCAAACUCGGAUCACAUAAUUAGACAAUUACAAUCUACACAUCCCUCAAAUUCAACUUCACCCACACCUAAUUCAACACAUCCAUUCACUUCACCAUUACUAUUGAAUCAUUUAUCAACACUGUCAUUAUCAAUACCACCAUUAUCACCUGCAUCAUUAACUACACCUAUCAUAAUUCGACGUAGACAACUUUUGACUCAAUCAAUACCGAGAUUACAUACUUCAGCUCAAAGAGCUUUGCUCACCACUUAUGCGACUUCCUUAUUAGGUGUAUCGUCAAGUUGGAUGAGUUUUGUUCCGCCAAUCAGUCUUACUUCAGCAAGUACGGCGAUAGGAUUAGGUAUCUUGAGUAUCGUAGCUUCGCUGGCUUUGGGUCAGAGGUUAUGGGGUAGGGCUCAAAGGAAGUUCUGGAGAGAUUGGAAAAGGAUAACAGGGAUGAUGAAAGGUGAUUUAGAAACGCGAUUUGACACAGCACUUCGAACGCAAGUGCUUGCCAAGCCAUUAUCAGCUGCUGAAGGAUUGGAAAAGCUAAUAGAAAGGCGAGAAAGGAGAUUAGAUGAAUUGCAGGAUCAAAUCAACCAAAUAAGUAAGAGGAUAUGA